AAACCGGUGUCGCUUCAUAAGUUGGCUUUGAAAGAUAUUGGACCGUAAUAUUUUCGAUAUUUCGUAUGCUAUGGAAAACUUGUACGACAUUCUUGGAUGCGAUCCCUCAGCGUCACACGAGCGGUUAAAGAAAGCGUAUCAAAAUCUUGCUUUGAAAUAUCAUCCAGACAAGAAUACGAUAUCGAAUACUCCUGAAAAUCACGAGAUGUUUAUAAAAAUCAACCAAGCCUGGAAAAUUCUCAGCGACCCCACUCUAAGAAGUCACUUCGAUUUACGAUGGCGAGAAAGGAGUCUGACCCAGGAUUGGCCCGUGCAAGACGAUAUAGACUUUGCUGAAUUUGUUCCAGAUAGUAUGGAACCAGAAUUCUUCUCUUACCCGUGUCGAUGUGGAGGACGUUAUGUUCUAGAGCCGAACGAUGUCACCCUUCAUCUUGACAUCGUUUGCUGUGACACAUGCUCUUUAUGUGUGACUGUAAACUACUCAGAAUCCUGACAUAUCUUUUGCUGUACCUACUGAUUUGAUUUAAUAAUAAUAAUUAUUAUUAUUGAAAUGAUAAUGAUCGGGGAUAAUCGUGAUGGUUCUUUAAAAUCAUUCGCAGUUUCGCACUACCUGUUAGAAAUAGCAGCCGAAUUUCUUCGAAUUUCAUCCUACCCUCUCAAAAAAAAAAAAAGGAUGAAAGUAGUCCCAAAUAUAGAGGACAGGGUGAUCACUAGUAAAACACUUUUGAUGAUAGGUCUCUCCUCGAUCAGGAAAAAACAGUAACAAAGAAAUGUUUUAUAUCCGAAGGAAAAUUACGGGUGGGAUCUCUUUUAUUUGGCCUGACUCGGCACUAAAGACGCAAACAAAAUAUUUCACACUCAGUAACUUGCAUAUUCUUAAUACGUUCCGGCCGAUUUACGAAUGUGAAAGACUCCUGAAAUGCCAGAAGACUCGCUCCAUCCAGUUCCAUCACGUUUUUGUACUGAAAAUAAAUUCCGUGUUUCAGUCAGCCCAGCUUCGUUUGAAUAUAAAAUCGCAUUAGAAUCUGUUUAAAUUAACUCCGUUUUUUCCUCCCAACCGUUACAGUAUAAAA